GCCAACAGGGAGAAGAUGACCCAGAUCAUGUUCGAGACCUUUAACGUUCCCGCCAUGUACGUGGCGAUCCAGGCCGUCCUCUCUCUGUACGCCUCGGGGAGAACCACAGGCAUCGUGCUGGACUCCGGAGACGGCGUCACUCACAACGUCCCGAUCUACGAAGGCUACGCUCUGCCGCACGCCAUCAUGAGGCUGGACCUGGCCGGGAGGGACCUCACUGACUACCUCAUGAAGAUCCUCACAGAGAGGGGGUACAGCUUCGUCACCACCGGUACAUCUUCAUCCUCCUCCAUCUUCCUCCACCUCACACUCAUCAACAAAUAACUAAAGAACCAC